GUUUCCCCCGCAGCCUCCAUUGCCCCCAAGGUCCCGCUCUUCUACGGCUUCCUCCAGCCCUGGCUGGGGGACGGGCUGCUGCUGAGCCAUGGGCGCAAGUGGGUGCAGCACCGGCGCCUCCUGACCCCCGCCUUCCAUGGGGACCGGCUCAAGGCCUACCUGGGGGUCUUCAACCAGAGCACCCGCGUCAUGCACGACAAGUGGCGCGCAGCAGCAGCAUCAGCACCCAUGGGUGCUGCGGUGGCGCUGGAGGUGCUGGACCAGCUCAGCCUCCUCACCCUGGACACCCUCCAGAGAUGCAUCUUCAGCCACGAGAGCCACUGCCAGCAGCAGCCCAGUGAGUACAUCAAGGCCAUCCUGGAGCUGAGCAGGUUGGUGGUGCGGCGCCAGCAGCACCUUCUCCAUUACCCGUGGUGGCUUUACCGGCUCUCGGGCGAUGGGCGCCGCUUCACCCGGGCCUGUGCCACCGUCCAUGGCUUCACCGCGGCCGUGGUGCAGCGCCGGCGCCAGGCUCUCCAGCGCCUGGGCCACCAGGCUUGGUUGGACCAGCACCAUGGACAGCGCAUGGACUUCAUCGACCUCCUGCUGCUCGCUAAGGACGAGGAUGGGAACACGCUGUCGGACGAGGACAUCGCAGCCGAAGCCAACACCUUCAUGUUUGCAGGCCACGACACCACAGCCAGCGCCUUGGCUUGGCUGCUCUACAACCUGGCCAGCCACCAGCAGCACCAGGACCGCUGCCGCCAGGAGGUCCAGGAGCUCCUCAAGGGCCGGGAUGUGGAAGCCAUCGAAUGGGAGGACCUGUCCCACCUGCCCUUCACCACCAUGUGCAUCAAGGAGAGCCUCCGCCUGCAUCCCCCGGUGACCGCCGUGUCCCGCUGCUGCACCCAGGACCUGGACACGUGUGAUGGAAGGGUCAUCCCCAAGGGGGUCAUCUGCUUGAUGAGCAUCUAUGGGACCCAUCACAACCCCGAAAUGUGGCCUGAUCCUCAGGUCUACGACCCAUUGAGGUUCAGCCCAGAGAACAGCCAGGGCCGGUCCCCAUUGGCCUUCAUCCCCUUCUCUGCUGGCCCCAGGAACUGCAUCGGGCAGAGGUUCGCCAUGGCUGAGAUGAAGGUGGUGGUGGCCCUGACCCUGGCUCGGUUCCGCAUCCACCUGGACACGGCGCGGCCACCGCGGCGCAAGCCCGAGCUCAUCCUGCGCACUGAGGAUGGGCUCUGGCUGCUGCUGGAGCCGCUGCCCAAGGGGGCCUGAGGGACACCAUGGAGAAGCCAUGGGG